AUGGCGGGGGCCAUGAUAUUCCCUCAGAUUGAAUGUGGGAUCUGCGAAAAGGGGCAGGGCAGGGAGGAGGACGAGCAGAGGCAGGGGAGCGAGGAGGGGCCGAUGCGGCAGGACGAGGGGCAGGGCGAGGGGGGCGCGCCGAUGGCCUCCGCGGAGCCGGGCGCCGCCGCCGCGGGCGCCCUCGCGGCCACGGCCCCCGGGUGCGCCGCCAGCGGCUGGCACAAGUCCUCCUCCAGCACCUCGCCACCCCGCCGGGGCGCCGCGGCGACGCUGCGCGUGGCCUGCCCGAGCCAGGGCCAGCGGAAGGAGUGUCCGCCGGCCCCUCUCGCUCGGCGCCCGGGGCGCCUUCGCUCGUCGCCCCGCACGCCCGCCAGCGCCAGGAGCCACAACUCGGUGUUCUCGUCGCCGAAGUCCCUCUACUCCGACCUCGACAGUUCCUGGAGCGAGGCCGAUCAGACCGUCAUCAUCUUCGACUGGGACGACACCCUCUUCCCCACGCACUACGUCUGGGGCGACAAGCGGCUGAGAUGGCACAAGGUGGCACCUUGCUGGGACCCGGACGGCGACCCGAACAUGAGUGCGUACACGACCCAGAACCAUGCGGAGGGCACGCCUCACGUGACGAUGAGGGCGGCCUUGGCGGAGCACGCCAGCCAAGCGGCGGCAUUACUGAGGCUGGCCGUGACGCUGGCCCACGUCGUCAUCGUCACGCUCGCUGGGGAGGGCUGGGUCGAGACGAGCAUCCGGAACUUCCUGCCACAGCUGGAGGGCAUCCUGGAAGAGCUCAGGAUAGAG